AUGGAUGACAAGCGCCUCAACGAGCUCCUCAAAUGGAGCAUCGAGAACUCCGACACAACCAGGGCCGAUCCCAAUGCCCCGCGGCCCACCACCGACCUCACCCCAGAGCUCAUGGCCUCGCUCAUGGGCGGCCCCUCGGACGCCGACCUCAUGAAGGCCUCGAUGGAGAUCAUUACAUCGAACGACAACGAGCAGGUCACCCUCGACGACAAGCUCAUUGCCUUUGACAACUUUGAGCAACUCAUCGAGAACCUCGACAACGCAAACAAUAUUGCCAACCUUAGCCUGUGGACCCCGCUGCUCGAACAGCUCAAGCACGACGAGCGCGAGGUGCGCAAGAUGGCCGCCUGGUGCGUUGGCACCGCCGUGCAGAACAACGAGCGCACACAGGAAAGGCUAUUCGCCAUGGGCGGCCUGCCUAUGCUCGUGCAUUUGGCCACACACGAGGACGAGCACCACGAGGUGCGACGCAAGGCCGUGUAUGCCCUCAGCUCGGCGGUGCGCAACUACCAGCCCGCUAUGGACGUCUUUUCCGAGGAAUUGACCAAGAAGGGCCACGCCACCGACAAGAUUGAUGCUGCAAACAUGGAGGCUGUCGAUGAGGUCGUCAACGGCCUACGGGAGAAGAUCAAGAAGGCGGCGUAA